CCACCGUGCACGUUGCACCGUUCGUUUGUCCUGUUGCGGCGUUCUUUCGAAGUACGCCAAUUUUACAAGAGUUCUGCCUUUCAAAUUUUCAAAAAAGAUCUUGCUUCUUUUUUUUCAAUUGUAUCACGCGCACAGUCAUAUCGCGUGAUUUAAAUUUAAGCAUCGAUCGUUCAAAAGACGUUGCACUGUAUCUUUUUAUCUUCCCUCCAAAGUUAAAUUAUGGUGAUAGAUGGGUGCUGAUGGACAUUUUCGAGUGACCUUGUCCCUAAGGCGCGAACCGGCCGCAGGUCCAGUUUAUUGUAAAAUGGAGACAUCGGCGAGAUUUCGACAGCUGAAGACAGUGAAACUGAGCUGCGAAGCCACGUAUCGGUUGGACAUCAGCUUCAAACCUCCGCAAUUAUUAGAGUCCCUAAGCAUAGGAGGGAAACAAGUGGAAACGAUUGAACGUGCACGGGACGGGACAGCCUGUGCUUACAGUGCUUAUCAUAGCACAAAGGGUAUACCGGCGAGUGCUCGUGGGCAUCGUGAAGAAUUGCCAAUAGCCAUGCGUGUCUUCGGUUCCGGUUACUUGACUACUUGUCUGCAGAUCAAAUACUACCGCCAAGACGAUCAGAGCCACUGUGAAUGGGGUGCCAGGUUACAUUGUAUCGAAUUGGACUGUUCGAGCGUGGAAGGCAGAUUAGUUACGGUAGACAGGGAAACAUAUAGAAAACUUGGCAUAGAAUCCUAGCAAUCGAUGGGUGUUAAUGUCAUGAAAGCCAUCACAUAGAGAAAGUGGCUGAUAUUUAUUUCUUAUCGCUUGUCGAUUGUGAUUGGCUCAUUUCCGAUUGAAACAACAUUAAAAUCGCUUGACCAAUAAAAAGGUCAGAGUACAGGUGGCGGGUUUCUGUUUGGAACUUGAACAGCACAGCUUAGGAUUUGAAUCGUAUAAUAGGAAAUUUUUGGCUACUUUAGCACGUUAAGAAGCUUGACGUGUGAACAUAAUAAAAUAAGGUGAACAUUUUCGACAAUUUCCGUGGUAUUGAUCGGCGAAAGAAAAGUGGAGAAUAACUAUCUUUCUGUAUGGUAUCAAUCAGAUUUUUCAAGAAGGAAAACGUAAAUAUCUGCUAAUGAGGAAAAAAACAUUAUAACGAUUCCUUUUGGUCCCUUAACGACUAGAUAUGUAAUUAUCAAACGGUGGAUCCGUUUCAUUAACGUAAUCCAAAUGUAAUUUCAUUCUCCUAUUUUUCUAUAUCGAGAGACGUGUUUGUAUAUACGUACAUAUAUGUAUAUCAGGAACAUUCAUGUAUAUAUAAUGAUUGUUAUAAAGUGAUAUAGAAAAUAGAGGUAAUGCUACGAACAUAAGUGUAUUUUGUUUAACCUAAAUAUGGAACGAUGUAUUUUAGAAUUAUAUUUAACGCUUUAUUACCAUAGAGAUACAAAGAUGGAGUACCUGACUCAUGUUACCGUGUAAGUGGAUACGAUAUGUCUAUAGAAAGAGAACGCUGCAUAGACUUCUGCUUUGUAUCUAUGUCCUCUAAUUAAGUAUGCACACGACGCUGCUCGUUGAUCGGUGUUGCUUUACGCUUACUUAUUUACUGUCCGAAUGAGCAUGUGUCAAACAAAUCAGAAAAGAUUUUUAUAUAGCGUUCUCUUUCUAUUGCUAUAUUAUUUUCUCAGCUCGCUCACGGACUUUGUUUUUAUAUCUCUAUGAUUAUUACGAACUAUAAUCUUUUUAACGAAUCGUAAUCGUUAAGGAAUCGAUUGGGAAAAUAUUUGAUCUAUCGACAGUCUAAAUUGUUAUCGAAUCGUAAUCUCGCAAUAUUUUUACGAUAUACAUAACGUAUCAGGAAUUAAGCACUCCAUGCCUAGCGACCAAUAGUAUAUGUAUAUGUAUAUUUAAUCUGUCUAUUGAAAAAAUAAUUGCAAAAAGUAAAUAAAUUUGAAGAUUUCCAUUAUGCUACACAUUAUACAAACAUACAAGUAAUAUAAUAUAAAAUACUUGCUAGUAUAGAUAUUAUAUGUAUACUAAUACGUAAAAAAAAUGGUUAUUUGAAUAUAAUAUGUUGACAUUUAUAAUAAUAAAAUUAUAAACCGUUCGAAUAUAAAUUCAUUGUUCAGUAUUAUUUAAAUUUAAAACAUAUAAAAAAAUGCGCAGACCAAACGAAAAUAUAUUGUCACACUAUUACGAAUAUAAUGAAAGUUUAAUGUAAUUUACGAGCUAUAUAUAUCGUUAAUUGAUUACGAAUUGUUUUAAAAAACUUAACUUCUUUCAUUUGUCUGCUAUAUUUCAUUGUAAAAGAAAUAUUAUACAAUUCAAUGUGCUUAAAUACGAAACUUACUUAAAGCAAUAUGAUGAUAACUAUUGUAUUAUUUAAGGCACGUUUAAUUAAGUUUACAGCAUAAUUAUAAUACCAAUUAUUAUACUUAUACCUAUUGUGUUCCAUGAUCUUCACAACUUUUUUUUUUAUUCGAAUAACUUGAUACGUUCCAGAGUAAAAUCGAGAAGAAUUAUAAAAAUUAUAUUUUUUUACACACGUGUAAUUUUGCUACAGUUGUUAUUCUUUAUUGUUUAUGUAGUUUCGUUACUGUCAUGUAACUUUUGUUUCAAUUAUAUAAAUUUUGAUUUAUGUGAUGUUAAAGCUUCAUUGUUUAAAUUUUCGCACAAUAUUAGAUGCAUCGUUAUGUUAAUAUUAUAUUAACUCAAAUAUUCGUAAUCAAAAACAAACGAAUAUGAAAUCUUUAAUUAUAAAUGCUAAUUUACAAAUGGUGUAUAUCCAUACAUAUACAUAUGUAUGUAUACCUUAGUGUAUAAUUAUACACACAUAUUUGCAUAACCAUACAAUGUCAUAAAUCAUAAAUUCUUAAUAAAAUAUUAAAUUCUGAUUACUAUACUUUUCUAAUUAUAGCACUGAUUCAUUGCAAAUUUUGGCAAUCAGCGAAAAUGACCAAACAGUGCCUCUCUAUACUUUGUGUAAAUGUAAACACAGAUUGUUCCUAUUCUUUAUUCACAUAAUUAGUUUUUUGUCUAAUGACACUGAUAUCUGUAUAUUUCAAAACCGACUGAAAUAAAUUAUUUAAUCCUUCAA